CCGAGAGGCGCGGCCUGGGCCUUUAAACGAGGCCUUCCCGGUGGCGCGCGAGAGGGCGCCGCGCUGAAGCGUGCCUCGGAAGCUGCCUCGGUCCGGAGCCGCCGGGGACCUUGAGUUAAUGUCGUCUAGGAACGACCCUCCCUUCUCUUGCAGUCUUCCCUUUCAGACUGAAAAGUGUGUAGGCUAGAGAGCAGCAGAGAGCUAGGAAGAUGAGCUACGGGACCCUGAGUGAACCCAGCCUGAACUGGGAUAUUACACCAAAAAAUGGCCUUAAAGCAUUUUUUUCUCCAGAAAAUUAUAAAGAGCAUUCCAUGGCUCCAACUUUAAAAGAACUAUGUAUUUUAUCUAACAGACGUAUAGGAGAAAAUUUGAAUGUCUCAGCAAGUUGUGUGGAAAAUGAGCCGGCGAGAGAACAGAGGGCUUAUGUGGACUUGAUGGUUAAAUAUGCAAAGAGUUCUGCAAAUUCCAAACCUGUUGGAAUAAAUAAAAAUGAGUACCUGCAGUAUUUGGAUAUGAAAAGUCAUGUGAAUGAAGAAGUGACUGAAUUCCUAAAGUUUUUGCAGAAUUCUGCAAAGAAGUGUGCACAGGAUUAUCAUAUGCUUUCUGAUGAUGCCCGUCUCUUCACAGAGCAAAUUUUAAGAGCUUGCAUUGAACAAGUAAAAAAGUACCCAGAAUUUUAUACUCUCCAUGAAGUCACCAGCCUGAUGGGGUUCUUCCCAUUCAGAACAGAGAUGGGGCUGAAGUUGGAAAAAACACUUCUUGUAUUGGGCAAUGUAAAGUUCGUAAAAACAGUACUUCCCUCAAUGCCUAUAAAGUUGCAACUCUCAAAAGAUGACACGUCUUCCACUGAAACACCACAACAGAAAGCUGAAGCUAUGCACAAUGAUAUUAGUAAAGAUCCAAAUGCAGAGAAGCUGGUUUCAAGAUACCAUCCUCACAUAGCCCUGACUAGUCAGUCCUUAUUUGCCUUACUAAAUAACCAUGGACCAAGCUACAAGGAGCAGUGGGAAAUUCCAGUGUGUGUUCAGAUGAUACCUGUUGAAGGUUCCAAGCCAGUUAAAGUAAUUUAUAUUAAUUCGCCACUUCCCCCAAAGCAAAUGACAAUGAGAGAAAGAAAUCAGAUCUUCCAUGAAGUUCCAUUAAAAUAUAUAAUAUCCAAAAACACAUCUGUACCAGUCUCUGCAGUAUUUAUGGACAAACCUGAAGAGUGCACAUCUGAAAUGGAAAACUGCACAGUGAGGCUAUCCGAGAAGAAAGCCUUGCCUCUGAUCUGCAGCCUUGGCUCUCUGCCUGAUGUCUGCACUAAGAUGCUUCUGGAAAGCUGGUGUCUCUGUCAGACUCCAGCAAAAGCAAGAAUGGAAAUGACUUGGAAGAAAAUGAAAUCCAAUGAAGCAAGUGAGUGUCGAAAAAUUGAGACUCUUGAAAAUUUGGAUCUGGAUUUUGAUGAUGAUGUCACAGAACUUGAAACCUUUGGCGUAACUACCACCAGUCCAUCCAGGUCACCAAGUCCAGCUAGUGCUUCCCCAGCAUCCAUCGUGACAGAUGCCCCAGCAGCCCCCAAAGCAGCAGCUAUGCCUAUAGCACCAGCUGUGCCUGUGGCACGAGCUACACCAAAUAUUACUGAUGAUUCUAGAAGUUUAUGUCAAAUUCUGAUGAAACAAUUGCAGAAGGAGAAACAACUAUUUUCUGGUGUGGAAAAUGGCCCUGAAGGGUACAAAAAUAAAGACGAUCAAGGACUUGAACAACAUGGUGAAGAGGUGCCCAGUUCCAACACAAAAUCUUUGAUGCAAAAUAAUGAAGUACAAAAAACACCUGAUGCAUUACAGUUAGAAAGUUCUAAGGAAAUUGGAAACUCUAGCAAAAGUGAUGUAGGUGUGGUAUGUACCAAUGAUGAAAGACCGAGUGUUCAGGGAAACACAGACAGUGCAAACAAAACCGCUACUACAUCAGAAACAGCUAAAACUGGAAAAGGGAUUCCUUGUGGUAGUGACACAGAUGAGGACUGUUUAGUCAUUGAUACAGAAAGUAAAAGUAAUAGUGACAGAAAGAUAGCUGAUGUGGGUUCUAGACCAGCAAGUCCAAAUUCUUCAAGGCAGGCGUCCUUGGAAAAUCAGACCUCUACGACUGGCCCCGAAGAGUCAUGUGUUUUAAAGAAACCUAUCAAAAGAGUCUACAAAAAAUUUGAUCCAGUUGGAGAAAUUUUAAAAAUGCAGGAUGAGCUCUUAAAGCCAGUUUCCAGGAAAGUACCUGAGUUGCCCUUGAUGAGUUUAGAAGAGUCUAAACAGCCACCUGUGUCUGAGCAACCCGCUGCUGCUUCGGAUGCCUCUAGCUGGCCAAAAUCUAGUUGGCCUUCUGCAUUUCAGAAGCCUAAAGGGCGGUUGCCAUAUGAACUUCAAGACUAUGUCGAAGAUAUAUCAGAAUAUCUAGCUCCCCAGGAAGGAAAUUUUGUCUACAAAUUGUUCAGCCUGCAAGACCUGCUGUUACUUGUGCGAUGCAGUGUCCAGAGGAUAGAGACAAGACCACGUUCUAAAAAACGGAAGAAGAUCCGAAGACAAUUUCCAGUUUAUGUACUACCAAAAGUAGAAUAUCAAGGUUGUUACGGAGUUGAAGCUCUGACUGAAAGUGAGCUUUGUCGCUUCUGGACUGAGAGUUUAUUGCAUUCCAACUGCUCAUUUUAUGUUGGGCAUAUUGAUGCAUUUACUUCAAAGCUUUUCAUGCUGGAAGAAAUUACCUCAGAAGAAUUAAAAGAAAAACUUUCAGCACUCAAGAUUUCAAGUUUAUUUAACAUUCUCCAACACAUUCUAAAGAAAUUAUGUAGCUUGCAGGAGGGUUCCUACUUGUUGUCUCAUGCGGCAGAAGAUUCUUCACUCCUGAUCUACAAGACCUCUGACGGAAAACUUACUAGGACAGCAUACAAUUUGCAUAAAGCACACUGUGACCUUCCUGGUGUACCAUCUAGUCUCUCAGUUCCAUGGGUCCCAUUAGAUCCCAGCUGCCUAUUACCGUACCAUAUCCAUCAUGGACGAAUACCCUGUACUUUUCCACCCAAAUCACUGCAUCCAGCAACACAACAGAAGGUUGGUGGGACAAGAAUGCCUACAGGGAGCCUCAGGAAUCCAGUUUCCAUGGAAACCAAAAGCAGUUGCCUGCCUGUUCAGCAAGUUGAAAAUGAAGGAGUGGCUCCAAAUAAAAGAAAAAUAACUUAAGGGCUGGACCAUGGGAAAUGAAGUUUCAAAAAAAUCCAGUUACAACAGGGUUUCGUUUUGAAUUUUGGGGUAAAAAUGUGUCCAGUUGGCAAGGGGAGCAUUUACCUUCAAGUGGCCUCAGGAGGGGCCUUGAAUGGCUGUGGCUGUGGAAACGGGGAUGACAGCAAAGUGAGUGUUUCUCCUUCCCUUUGACUGUGAAGAGCCUAGAGGUCGAACUGAAGAAGAAAAACACUUCCCUAGGGCCCCUUUUCGAAGAUUGUAGACAGGGAAGUCAUUUUCUCUUUUAGGAACAAUUAUAUUAUGUUAAUGAUUUGAAUUCUGUUGUCAGUGUACUGAGACUGGCUCAGAAGGGUAAGUAUUAAACUGUUAGAAACAGUCAUGAGCACUAGAAACCUUGUUUCUGAUCCAUUUUUGACAGUUUUAAUACUACUUUUAAUAUGUUGGAAAACAUGUUGAAAUUCCACUGCAGACACCAGAAGCGAAAACAAAAACCUCUCUGCCCCUGAGAAAUUACCAAUUAAUACUUUCCUGUUGGGCACAGUUUGCUUUAUGAAAGCUCUCUGUGGUACAGCAGGCUAGGUGACAGAGCUUUUACAACUUGGCGCAGAUUCCAACCCAGUACGUUGAAACACGCUACCAAAGGCAGACACACCCGCGGAGGAAGCAUUCCAAAAGAAGUUUGAUCAUUCCAUCCAGCAUGGUUAAUAUGGCAAAAAGCGUAAGGCAUUUCCCAAGCCCACAGAUUAAUUCAGAAACACCAUAAGCAGUGGAUUGUGGCCAGUUUGGAUUUAAGAAGGGACAGAUCUGUUCAAUUUGUAACCUUUUUUAAAUGAAUACAAAAAGUAUCAGAAAUAUAUUUGUUAUCUCCAAAAUAAAAGUUUUGUAAUCAAAGGCAA